AUGCAACGCUUUCUUGAUUAUCAUCCAGAAUAUUGGUGUCUAGUACCAAUGAAAUCUGAUGAAGCCGACAGAGAAAACAAUAUCUAUCCAUCGACAGCAAUAUUAUUACCAUUGAAUAGAACGAUAGACAGUGAUGAUAUGACAAAUUUGCUCAAUGCUCUACCGAAACCACUAUUCGGCUACAACUUUUCUCGUCGUCAAAUCGCAGAACAAUAUCAUCUGUUAUUAAACAUAAACGAUCCAAAUAAAGCACCAAGCCUCCAUAUCCCGCUUUACAAUAUGGCCAUUGUCGCUGUUCUGCCCGAUCCUUGUUCAGACAUUUUACGACGCCUUAUUGAAUCAUUAUUUAUUACUCAUGCUGAAUGUAAAUUAAAUCAAACAGGUCAUCUACUCGACAACAAUAAUAACUCAUUAGACAAUCCAUUCCAUCCAUUAAAUGAUAUCUACAAUAAUUUACUUCGUCCAAUCCGCGACAAAAACCUAGCCAUGUCAUAG